AUGCCUGUGAUAGGAGCAAUCAGGAAAUUGGUUACCUAUAUGUGGCGUGUGGAGAGGUGGCUGGACGUCAAGAGCCCUGUCGUCAAGGCGAUCAUGGAGAAGCGGAUCAAUUUGGCGAAGAGCAAGGGGUGCGAUGGGGUUGACCCGGACAACAUCAAAGCGUAUUCAAACAACAUCAUGGCUCAAGCCAUCAGCCAAUUCACCGUCACUGCCGAUGACCAGUUCAAGUACAACUCAUGGAUCGCCAAUGCUGUUCACAAGUACGGCAUGUCAGUGGGUCUCAAGUACCCCGUCCCGCUCGCCCCCUCUUUCAUGGCAAACCUCUUUGUCUGGGCGAUCAUCGAGAGCUGCAUCUACUUGAGCGACUUUAGCGACGGCGAGUGGUACAGCGGCAAAUACCAAUACGACUACUCCAACAAGUUUAUUGUUCGCAACAAGGCCGUGUUCUCUAUCGAGUAUAAGGAGCUCUGGGGCACGUCUGCAGGCCAAGCCUUUUGUGCAAUCAGCAACGCUCACGGCUUCAACACCAACCUCUUCAGCUACUCCCUAGGCACUGGGCCUCACAAUCCCUUUGCCAACUGCCCGCUGCACAAGCUUGCAGGGUGUGAUGCUGUGUGGAAAGAGUGUGUGAAGCAGAGUGUGUAUGCGCAGUACAAGCAGCAGGGCAUGGCGAGGUGGGAUGCAGUGGGGCAGUGCAUGAGGGCCAAGAGAGCAGCUUGCAAAUACAAGGCUUGA